AUGGCGGAUCUAGUAGAACCUUAUUCCAAGCGACCUCUUCUCCAGUUCUUCGACACUAGUCAAGGUGCCAGAGUGGUUAAUGGGCUGCCCUGCUACCAAACCCUUGGUUUCAGUAUAGGCAGUGGCUUCGGUCGCGCAGUUGCUGGAUUCCGCCGUAGUGGUAAGUAA